GUAGGAGGAGAAGCUGGGAGGAGAGUUGAAUUAAUGAAUUAAAAAUGUCGCCAAACAGCGGCCCGUCUGAAUGCGUUUGGGUUUAUAUAGGGAGGCAUGCAGGGGGGCCUUGGAGGAGUGGACACGGCGAGCUGCUUUAACUUCUGUCUGUGGGGACACAGAGCGCUCUCUCUGCUUCACAUGCGAGAAGAAGUGCAAACUGUGCUCAUCCGAUUACAUAAUGAUCCAGUAACAGUGAGCCGGAACCGGUACCGCCAGUGCCAGUGCGUUGAGAGACACUGACCGACCGCUGGGUAACCCUCACCCGGGCCUCUCCUCUGAUGCUGCUUUUCUGAGGAGGGUUUUCGCUUUAGAGCCACGGGAUGACAACGAUGUAGAACGCAGAAAGAAGAAGAAGAAGAAGAAGAAGAAGAACAGCAACAACAACAACAACAUGCUAAAAUGAGAGGCGAUAGGGAGCACGUGUGAGGUGGCAACAGGAUCGAGUUGGUCAGGACCCUUUUCUCUCACCCGAGGCAGAUAAGAACGUCCGUCUGUUCACAUGUUUGCCGCGCAGCGAAAGUAACCGAAUCGCUCAAAUUCCCAAGCUGUCGUCAAACUUCUGUCAACGAGUCAACGGAAAGGAUUCUUGUGCGCUCAGGACAGAGGGAAGGAGAGGGCUGCAGAGGCCGGACAGAGAGGAAGAGAUCCUAACCUUCAGUGUGGUCAUCCCCGGCAGCCAUGACUUCAGCCACUCCCCCGUCCUCUGAAGGCUCCUCUCCUCAGAAAGUUUGCCACUCCCAGACGCAGACUGACAUCACCAAGCCCCUGCUGGGCUCCGCGGGGGGCCCUGGAGGUACAGGCACAGGUGGAGGCGGAACGGGAAACGGAGGGCCCAGCGCUCUGCGAAGGAGGCGGCGCGUGCUCUCCAAAGAUGGACGAAGCAACGUGCGCAUUGAGCACGUGAGUGGCCGAGGGACGCUGUACCUCCGCGACCUCUGGACCACUUUCCUGGACAUGCAGUGGCGCUACAAGUUCUUCCUCUUUUCAGCCACCUUUGCUGGGACCUGGUUCCUGUUUGGAGUGCUGUGGUACCUGGUGGCCUUUGUGCACGGAGACCUGUUGGAGUUCGACCCCCCCUCCAACCAUACACCAUGUGUAAUGGAGGUGAAGACCCUGACGGGGGCUUUCCUCUUCUCUCUGGAGUCUCAGACCACAAUUGGCUACGGUUUCCGGUGCAUCACCGAGGAGUGUCCCGUAGCCAUCAUGCUGCUCAUCUUUCAGCUGGUCAUCACCAUGGUGAUGGAGAUCUUCAUCACCGGCACCUUCCUUGCAAAAGUUGCUCGUCCCAAGAAGAGAGGUGAGACGGUGAAGUUUAGUCAGCAUGCUGUUGUGUCAAAUCACGAGGGACGGCCCUGCCUCAUGAUCCGGGUGGCCAACAUGCGCAAAAGCCUGUUACUGGGAUGCCAGGUGACGGGGAAGUUGCUUCAGACGUCCAUGACUAAGGAGGGCGAGACGGUGCGCCUGGACCAGCGCAACGUGCCUUUCCAGGUGGACACGUCAAGCGACAGCCCCUUCCUCAUCAUCCCACUGACGUUCUACCACAUCAUCGACGACAACAGCCCCCUCAGAGCCUGGGCGGACAAAGGUGGUGGCUGGACAGACCCUGAACAAGCCGACUUUGAGCUCCUGGUGAUCAUGAGCGCCACGGUUGAGCCUACCUCCGCUACCUGCCAGGUUCGGACCUCCUACCUACCGGAUGAGAUCCUCUGGGGCUAUGAGUUCCCGCCCGUAGUCUCUCUAUCUCCUUCGGGAAAAUACGUGGCCGAUUUUGCCUUUUUUGACAAAGUGGCCAAAACCAAAACUCCGGACAGGGCCGAUCCGGAGAAGAUGCGACUGGAAGAGAGCUACAGGGGCGAGGAGAGGGGUCGGGAAAGGGGGCGUAUCAGAGAGAGCCCGCUGAGUGUGCGUAUCAGCAAUGUGUGAGGCAUGACAGAAGACAGGAAGUGGUUACGGAAAGUUGAUCUGAAACCGAGAUAAGGAAGAAAGAAGAAGCAAGGUGCAGAAGAACACACCAGAUUAUCAUGCUGAAACUUACUCCAAUCCAACAACCUGGCCUACACAAGUCUUAAUUCUAAAACAAAUGGCAGGACGCCUUCUCACCAUGCCAACUAACCAAACAUAUGUACUGAACCCACAGUAUGAGUAUGACAACAUUCUGAAUAAUCUACAGCCCCUAGAGUCUAGAGCCCCUUCCAGUGGGAGUCAAUUACAAACCAUGACAUCGUAUGUUGUACAUAUGUACCAGCACAGUAUCAAGUUAUUCACUGCGAAAAUAUUUUUUACUCAGACUUAAUAACACUGUCAAAAUAUGUCUUAUCAAGUCAUUUCUGUCUUUAAUGUAGUCACUCAGCUUCAUUUUCUAAAAUCAUUUUCUUUGCAGAUUUUUCGCUUCGUUUCACGAAAAGAAAUAAAAUCUAUAAAAACCCUGGCUUGAUAAGACAAUAUUUGCAGUGAAGUUGAAGGUUGGAUGUGUUAGUCACUGAACCUCAGUACUGUUUUUUUUUGUUUUUUUUUAUGAAUAAAAUACCAGCGACAGGUGGCAAAAAUACUGGAAUCCUGUUAUUUAAAGUGAAAGAUUUUGAAUGUAUCAUAUUUCAUACGCCCUCUAGUUUCUAUUAACAUCAUUACCUGGAAAAAAAUAUAUCUUCUUUUGUAUUGAAUGUUUAUUGGGGGCAAAUAUGUUAAGUAAUAUUACUAAAAGCACUUUAACUUGAAAGAAAAGUGGCAUUUCACACCAGAAGAAUAACUGAACUAACGUCAAUACCUAAUGCACUGUGUUAAGUGAUCAAAAGGUGAGGUUGUGUGUGGGUUUGUGGGGGUCAGGGCGCGCUUGACCAUGGCUGUGAGUGUAAUAAUACUUUUUGUAAGAACCAUUUCAUGUACAGUACGUUUUCAUGCACACUCUGUACAGCAUGUAUAAAUAUGUUUCCUAUAUUCUUAAUUUCUGUCUUUAAAUUUGCUGCACAGCCAAUUGCUGCUGUUGCGCAGUAUCGUUCCUGUGAAGUAUCUGUCUGCAUCUAUCAUGUUUUCAUACAGUUGGAAUGAAAGUGUAUGUGGAGUCUACGAUAUGUGUCCAAUCAGCUGCUUUAUGACAAAGUGACAUUUUUCUAUUGUUACUGUUGUAAAAAUGGCAACAGAAGCAUUACUUGUAUGCCCAGUUAAGGUAAUCGAUCACUUUUGAGACAUUCUGGGGAAAGAAACCAUGUGAUAGAAACCCCGUCAUUUUGAUUUAAUCGCCAACAAAAUAUGCUAUUCCAAAGAUUCACAAAGUAACUACUUUUUCAAGCCUUUUUUAAUGGACUCUCAGUGCUGUCAAUUCAAAAGUAUCAUUACCUGCUUUAAAAUAUAUGCACUUGAUGAUAGCAUGAGAUAAAAUGCCUCCAUUCAAAUGAAACCCACUCCAGUUCCGGACAAGCUUGACGGAAAACGUCAAAUAUUUCAUAAUGAGUGUAUGGUGAGAGGUUGAGUUUGUUUAUAUUUCAUAUGCCCCUGUAUGUAUAUGAGUCAUUCUUAAUACUGGAAACCUUAACUGCUAAUGUAAUUUUUAAGUGCCUCUUUUAAUAAAUCUAUUGUUUGAAAUAUAA